AGUUCAACCGGAUAUGACAGGCCCCUCUACUGUAACCGUGGAGUGUCAGACCAGUGGUCCGUCGCUCACAGGAGUUCACGUUUCUAAAUAAAUCAAACUCCAGAAGGGGAGACAUCAUGUCUUUUAACAAUGUUUCAGAUCCGAGGAGACAAAACAAAAUUCUUCGGUAUAAGGCUCCAAGCACGGACACCAAUCCCACGCUGGAGGACCCCACGCCCGACUACAUGAACCUGCUCGGUAUGAUCUUCAGCAUGUGUGGACUGAUGCUCAAGCUCAAGUGGUGCGCCUGGAUCGCUGUCUACUGCUCCUUCAUCAGCUUCGCCAACUCCAGGAGCUCUGAGGACACCAAGCAGAUGAUGAGCAGCUUCAUGUUGUCCAUCUCGGCGGUCGUGAUGUCCUACCUGCAGAACCCUCAGCCGAUGUCGCCGCCAUGGUAACCGAUGCCCCCCCCGCCCGCCCCCAACCAUCAUGAGUAAAAGAGACGUAAUGAAAUGAAAGAGAGGGACAGUGGACACUACGCCAGGACGGAGACACCCUUGUGCUUCUUCUCUUUUCAACCUUUUCUAACUUUGUUUAUUCAUGAAAUCUUUCAAAUUGUGCUGCCGUACGUCAUCAAUAAAGUUGUGUGAUUUUAAAAGGA